AUGUCCUCUUGUGAGGGUCGAUCAAGCUCCGAAACAAAUUUCACAAGCACUGAACGAACCUGCAUUUAUCGGACAGAACUGCCUCCAGAAUCAGUUGUGAUUCUCUCCAUCAUCUCUGCUUUAGCGAGUGUCUCUGGCUCCCUGGGAAAUGCUUUGGUUAUGAUCGCCGUCUUUAAAUCUCAAAACCUUCGCAGCAUCCCUGACUACAUCAUAUCAAGCUUGGCAUUUUCAGAUUUUACAGUCUGUUUUAUAUUUUUACCAUUGUCCAUCUUUGAAUUCAGUCACUAUACAAGCCAGAUUACGCAACAGAACUCCGCGUUUUUUAUUGUAAAGAACUUUAUUGGACACUGCUCCUGGAUUGCCUCGGUUACAAACAUGUUCAUAGUAACAAUUGAUCGUUUUAUUGCUGUACGAUUUCCACUCAAAUACGCUACUUUUGCGUCAUCAAAAACUGCCAUAUCCGCCAUAACGAUUGUAUGGUUCAUUUCUCUGACUUUCGGAGCGGUUUACUCCCGGGAUAUCGGUGUUCAAUCAAGAUUCAUCAUACUUUCUUACUGCUUAAUACUGAUGUUAUGUACAUGGGUUAUGUAUGUAUACAUUUUUUACACUGCCAAGCGACAGGAAAAGAGAGUUCAGACUAUGAGUCCAUCCACAGAGUCACAUGUCUUUGCCGAGCAACAGAAAGCCGAGAAAAAAGCAACCAAGACCAUUUUCACUGUUGUUGGAAUUUAUGCUUUGUGUUGGUUGCCGCUAUUACUUCUUCCGAUCAUUGUCAAUCCUUCCAAGAAGGAAUUGUUGUUUAAGCGAUGUUUUCCUUGGGUUCAGACUGUGCUAUCGUGUAAUUCUGCUCUCAAUCCGUACGUUUACUGCUUCAGAAGCCAGAGAUACCGCAAACAUUUUUUAAAGUUCUUGGGAGUAAGGUACUUUAAAAAUGGUUAGUCGAUCUCAGUAUCGAAAAGCUUGCGAAUACAGCCACCUCAUACGCCAGCUAUCGAACCGGGCACCCACUCUCUUCACCCGGCUUCUCACUAGGAUAAAUAACCAGAGACAAUUAGCAAAGUCAACACUUAACACUGAUUGCUACAAAGUGAUCAUGAGACCCUAAAGUUUUAGAUAUAUCUUGAAUCAUUUACUAUCUGAUAUGAAAUAGCUCUUUAGGCGUAUAGCAGGGUCGCCUGUGGAUGAAAAGGCGGAGGAGGGGAUAUAACUGACUCCAGCGAAUUCGAUUGCUAGAGCGUCCCCGGAAAACUCGGUCACUGCACUUCGGUGCACUGCUAUCUGUAUAAGUACGGGCUUUCUAAAGUUGGAAACUCAGCAACGAUCACUUGGUUGCGAUGAUCACUUGAUAAAAGUUUUUCAGGACUUCUGCUUCUGGACUUUCUACAAAUUACUUCUCUAGCUGUCGAAGUAAAAUUCGGUGUAUAAAGGUGUGUCAAGACUAGCAGAUAUUCUGCAAAUAACAUGUUGUCAUCCGUCGAGUUGUAUUUCUUCUGUUCUUGCUAUUUUAUUUAGGCAGAGGUUCGGCUAUUUCUUCUUCGCAAAACGUGCUAAGUUUUCCGCCAUUUUCUCAAGCUCUAACAAAACAACUGAGAUAAAACGCAACCUCGUCCUCAGGGCUUCUCGGUUGCGGUAUUCCUUUUUCCUCGAGAUAGACUGUACUAUUGACGUCAUUUUAUCGGAUAUCGCCAAAUUUGGUCAACGCUACCGGGUUAUGAAGAUUUAGUGGGGGGAUUUGAGCCAAACAAAGAUGGAGAAAAAUAUUUUGAAUAAACAAUAUGCAAAAGCAAGAGAGGCAAAAGUGACGCCAAAGUUACGUCAUUUUACUGUUACCCCUCUUAUCAAACAAACUCCUUCCCAGGAUUCUAACUCUGGGUACUACAGUAGCUUGUUGCAGCAGCUGCCAUCAGAGGAAGCAACAAUUUUGCCAUUUUAAAUUGUAAAGAUCUUUCAAAAAGUAUUCAAAAAUUAGAGGGCUUUCGCAUUUAAGUUUUGUAAGCACUUGGAAAAUUUACGAGCCUACGAAAAGUGACAAAAGGUUGAACGAUUUAAAAUGUUGUAAGCAGUUUGAUGUGUCGUUUUGUUUAUAUUUUGUUUAUUGCGGUGAACGUUCUGGUUGACACAAGCUCAUGUGUGUACAUAAUAAAACAAUCAUUGGAUUCCGUUUUGUAUCGGGUAGCGAAAAUAGUGACUGUCGAAACUUUUAUCAUUUAGACUCGACGAGAAAAUGAGCCUUCUUUCAAAAAUGUCAUUUUCGCGUUCGUUAGAAAGCAUCCUAAUCUUGGUCUUCCUAUGGUACAAAGCCACAAUUCUCGAGGUAUCACGGGCGACUGCCCAUUAGCCGCCCCUACUGAUUUUAUCAGGGGCAUCUCGGCCGGGAAACUGGACUUCUUUCGACUCGAUUUCGUUUCCGUAAGUGACGAACGCGGAUCCACUAGUAGACAGAAAUAAAGCUCUUUGCAAACAGUGACAGUUUCUCUAUAAACUCCUCCGCAAUGACAGUGACUUGGGUACCAGUGUUCUUUAGAUAUGUUAUGUUCCUCUUCAAAAUUUGCAUGUAGAAAGUGUGAAAUUCAACAAUGACAAAUUCCCCACUCACAAACAAACAAUUGAUGAGAAAAGCAAAGCUCCACCGUGCCGCGGGCAGGGGGGGGGACGAUUCGACAAAUGACCGAGAGGGAUGGGUACGCUUGGAAUUGACUGAACCAUAAGGAUACAAAACAAAUGCACUUUGGGUGUGCUUUCCGUGUAAUUCUUUAUAGACACUGUUCGUCAACGAAAGAAAGAGUUUUUUGAAGUAAAUGAACAAAAUGACAUCAACAGGGGCGCAAACGGCGCUGCUUUUUGAUAUGUCGUGCAAACGAAAAAGCCGUCCUGUCUUUAAUGUUGAUUGUUUAAACGCAGAAUGAAUUCUGUUUGUUGCAGUUGGGUGUCUUCAUCACAAUUAAUAAUUCAAAACCCACAAAACAGGGCUCAGCUCUGGUCGUUUCACUCAGUUUUUUCUUUGGCUACACAUUUCGUGGGACCCUUUCUGCUAGUUUUGCCGAUAGAACGAAAUAAUCUUUCCUUUGUGGUAAAAAGAAAAACACGAAAAACCAUGAUCGACACUCUUGUUUAAUUAAACUUUGGUGAUCAGGCCAAUUUAUCAAGUCCACGACUUGACGGCGUCACUAAAGAUGAUUGGAUGGAAUACAGUUUUGAUCAUCGCUUUCAAUUAAGACCUAACGACGAUCGAAACAUUUUUAUUUUCACCGAUAAAACAAUAGAGUUAAACGAGGACCAUUUCAUAAAUCAGUCUGUGGCACGAAAUAUUACUUUUCCACUUUUAGAUAUAAGAUUAAAGUAGAGUUGAAAAAUAAUGUCAUUUCAAAUAAACACUGAAAGGUGGUGGCUGGUAAUCUCACUGACCAAAGUGGGAAAAUUGUGCGGGGAUUACACAGCAUGAAGAUAAUAUAAUAUGGUUUUCUUAGUGUUUACCUAAACGUUAAGUAUUUUAUUUUUAGAAGACAUGUCCCAGAGCCAAUAACAGCUUUCAGUUUCUGCUUAUUUAGAAAGUCACCGUGUUCAAUAUCGGUCUGCAAAUUAUUGCUCGCGGUUUUCAUCGGCCAAUGAACAAAGUUUAAUUAUCUUUUACCGAUUUUGUUGUUAUCAGCAGGUUGAUGAAUAUUGCAACAUUAGCAGCUGUAUUUGUGAUAACAACUUCCGAAUGUGAUACUUAGUUACCUCGCUACUCUUAGAUGGUGAAGUUGUGUAAUAAUUGUAAAAUCUUCGCCUGUAUUUGCUAUCACGGUUUGAAGUCACUGUUUUGUGUGGUGACUUGCUGCAAUUGACAAGAAGCCCUUUCGUGGCUCGUUUGAUGACCUUAUUAACAAAGGUGGUGAUGAGAUAAACAUCCAUAAUCAUAGCAACGAAAUGUGAUCACAGUCUUCAAGCAAUAUCAACAGAUAAGCUACACUGUCAAGUGCAGUUGCGUUGGUGAUACGCGUUGCAAGAACCGUGAAAGAAAUGUAAGUUUCCUCCAUCGUUCGUUCUUUUAAAAUCUGUAUAAUUCAACCGAAUUAAAUGAUUUUUGUUUUGAUAUCCAAAAAUGAUAAUUUACGAGGAAAAAUUUCCAAUUCAUGGUACAAAAUUUCCUAAUCCAUCAGGUUUGUAAAAAAAAAACUGAAAAAUGCAAAAUGAAGAUUGAACCAUCUCAUUAUUUCUUCUUAGUUUUAACUUUUUAACUAUUGUUAAUUCCAUCCGUUCUACGUUUCAGAAAAUGAUAAAUAACACUGUUUGCCGUUUUUAUUUUUUUUUCUAGAAACUUUUCUUGAAUGGUUGUCAGCAAGUAACAUCUGUCAUCAUGUCCAGCACAGAGAACUGUACGCAAAAUGAAACGACUAUACAAGCAACCUACAUAAAUCCAGAAUUAUCUCCCGAAUCAGUUGUGAUUCUCACCGUCAUCUGUGUUUUAACAAGCAUGUUUGGAACCUUUGGAAAUUCCUUGGUUAUCCUUGCCGUACUGAAAUCUGAAAGCCUUCGUAGCAUUCCUGACUUUGUCAUAUUAAGUUUAGCAUUUUCAGAUUUCACCGUCUGUUCUGUUUACCUACCUCUGUCGGCUUAUAAGUACAAUUACUAUACAAGCCCAAUAUCGCAUCCUGAUUCAGCGUUUUCUAUAGUAACCAGCUUUUUUGGACACAUUUCCCUGAUCGGGUCUGUUACAAACAUGUUUGUUGUAACAGUUGAUCGCGUCAUUGCUAUACGAUUUCCGCUCAAAUAUCCGUCCAUCAUGACAGUCAAAACAGCCAUGUUCGCCAUUGCGCUGGUUUGGUUCAUCUCUUUCGCUUUUGGGGGGAUCUACGCACGGGAAAUCGGCGUUUCACGGUUCAUUAUACUUUCUUACUGCAUUAUUCUUUUGUUAGUCACCCUCAGUAUGUACGCCUACAUCUUUUACGCCGCAAGGAAGCAAGAAAACAAAGUUCACUCUCUGAAUUCAUCCACGCAGCCAAAUACUUCUACUGAUCAACAGAAAGCCGAGAAAAAAGCAGCAAAAACCAUUUUCACCGUUGUUGGAAUUUAUGGCCUGUGUUGGCUACCUUUAUUGCUUCUCCCGAUCAUUGUUAAUCCUUCCACGAAGGAAGAUUUGUUUAAGAGAUGUUUUCCUUGGGUUCAAACGGUUCUGUCAUGUAAUUCUGCGCUGAAUCCGUAUGUUUAUUGUUUGAGAAGCCGUAAAUACCGCAAACAGUUUGCCAGGCUCUUGCGAAUAAAGGGUGCCGAAAAUAUUCAUUCCAACACGGCAUCGAACACCUAUACUCGCCACUAG